UCAUCUCUCUCGCUAUUCACAAAGAAGACGGCGAGAGAGUCUCUUCAGCUAUUUCUUAUCUUCCUUCUUCGUCUGCCGCAGGUUUGGAUCUCUGUCACUCUGUCUCUUGCAGAUUUUCUAAUUCUAAGGCUUUUUAGAAGUUCAUAAUGGGUAAGGAGAAGGUUCACAUCAACAUUGUGGUCAUUGGCCAUGUCGACUCUGGAAAGUCGACCACCACUGGGCACUUGAUCUACAAGCUUGGGGGUAUUGACAAGCGUGUCAUUGAGAGGUUUGAGAAGGAGGCUGCUGAGAUGAACAAGAGGUCAUUCAAGUAUGCCUGGGUGUUGGACAAGCUCAAGGCUGAGCGUGAGCGUGGUAUUACCAUUGAUAUUGCCUUGUGGAAGUUCGAAACCACCAAGUAUUACUGCACUGUCAUUGAUGCUCCCGGACAUCGUGACUUUAUUAAGAACAUGAUCACCGGUACCUCACAGGCUGACUGUGCUGUCCUCAUUAUUGACUCCACAACCGGAGGUUUUGAAGCUGGUAUUUCCAAGGAUGGUCAGACCCGUGAGCAUGCCUUGCUUGCCUUUACUCUCGGUGUCAAGCAGAUGAUUUGCUGCUGCAACAAGAUGGAUGCCACAACCCCAAAAUACUCGAAGGCAAGGUAUGAGGAAAUCGUUAAGGAAGUCUCAUCCUACCUGAAGAAGGUUGGGUACAACCCUGACAAAAUCCCCUUUGUCCCAAUCUCUGGUUUUGAGGGUGACAACAUGAUUGAGAGGUCAACCAACCUGGACUGGUACAAGGGCCCCACCCUCCUUGAUGCUCUUGACUUGAUAUCGGAGCCCAAGAGGCCCACAGACAAGCCCCUACGUCUCCCUCUCCAGGAUGUCUACAAGAUUGGCGGUAUUGGAACUGUCCCGGUCGGACGUGUUGAGACUGGUAUAAUCAAGCCUGGUAUGGUUGUGACCUUUGGGCCUACUGGACUGACAACCGAAGUCAAGUCCGUUGAGAUGCACCAUGAGGCCCUCCUGGAGGCCCUUCCCGGUGACAACGUUGGCUUCAAUGUGAAGAAUGUUGCUGUCAAGGAUCUGAAGCGUGGUUUUGUUGCUUCUAACUCCAAGGAUGAUCCUGCCAAGGAGGCUGCUAACUUCACCUCCCAGGUCAUCAUCAUGAACCAUCCUGGUCAGAUUGGUAACGGUUAUGCUCCAGUGCUUGACUGCCACACCUGCCACAUUGCCGUGAAGUUUGCUGAGAUUGUGACCAAGAUUGACAGGCGAUCUGGUAAGGAGCUCGAGAAGGAGCCCAAGUUUUUGAAGAAUGGUGAUGCAGGGUUCGUGAAGAUGAUUCCCACCAAGCCCAUGGUUGUUGAGACUUUCUCUGAUUACCCGCCACUUGGUCGUUUUGCCGUGAGGGACAUGCGCCAGACUGUCGCUGUUGGUGUCAUCAAGAGUGUUGAGAAGAAGGAUCCCUCUGGUGCCAAGCUUACCAAGUCUGCAGUAAAGAAGAAGUGAAGUGUUUUUUUUUUCUUCAUAUCUAUGGUAGUUAGACAUGUUUUCCCAAUCUUUGCUGUUAAUCAAUUUCAAUUUUGUUUUGGUCGUACUUUUGAAGUUUUGAGGACACUUACAUAAAGUUUCCAUCACAGCCCCAAAGCUGCGGUGGAAGCUUUGGUUUCCAUUUCAUGUAUUUUGUUUUAUAGCAUUGAGAUGAGUUGUGUAUGUAGUGAACUUAUUGUCGAUGAACAACUUCAUUUUAAUGUCAACUACAUGGUUUUUUUAGCUGUUAAAUCAGCGUA